GGCACUUCCGGCGGGGCGGGAGGGGGGCGCGGGGCGGGACUUCCGGCGGCGCGAUGCGGGUGCGGGUGCGGAGUUGGCACGGGGUCGCCUCGUGGCUGUGGGUGGCGAACGACGAAAACUGCGGCAUCUGCCGCAUGGCCUUCAACGGCUGCUGCCCCGACUGCAAAGUGCCCGGGGACGACUGCCCGCUGGUGUGGGGGCAGUGCUCGCAUUGCUUCCACAUGCACUGCAUCCUCAAGUGGCUGCACUCGCAGCAGGUGCAGCAGCACUGCCCCAUGUGCCGCCAGGAGUGGAAGUUCAAGGAGUGACCGGCGCCGCCCCCGGCACCGUGCGUGAUGGAUGUCGCCCCCGAGCCGCGGAGCUGCCAGGCGCUGCUGGGAGUCCCCGGCACUCUC